AUGUCGUCAACUCCUCUUCGAAUCGGCUACGUGCCAGAGCACUUCUCCACGCCUCUCUAUUUUGCUCAGAAGCACUUCGGCCUCGAUGCGACACUCAUUCCCUUUCCUUCCGGCACGGGCCAUAUGGUCAAUGCCAUCCGUGCAGGCGAGAUCGAUGUAGCUGUUGGUCUAACUGAAGGCUGGAUUGCUGGUCUGGGCAAAGAGGGCGUUGAAGGAGAUGGCGGGUAUCGUCUUGUUGGCACUUAUGUUGAGACUCCUCUUUGCUGGGCUAUCUCCACUGGCGCAAAGCGUCCUGAGAUCACCUCCGUCGACUCUCUAAAGGGCGGCAAGAUCGGCGUAUCGCGCAUUGGCUCCGGCAGCUAUGUGAUGGGCUUUGUCCUCGCCGACCAGCAAGGCUGGCCAACCCCCGGCGCCGCUGCAAAGCCCUUCUCCGACACAGUUGUUCUCAACAACUUUGAGAACCUCCGCAAUGCUGUAAACAGCGGCGAGGCCGAUUUCUUCAUGUGGGAGCACUUCACGUCCAAGAAGUUCUACGACUCUGGUGAGAUCCGCCGCGUGGGUGAGAUCUACACCCCCUGGAGCAGCUGGAAGAUCGUCGCCUCUACCACGUUGACUCAGAACGGGCUGGACGCACGAGUCAAGGAUCUGUUUGGAAAGCUGGAUCAGGGUAUUAAGCACUUCAACGAUAACCAGGAGGAGGCUGUGGCGUAUAUCUCGAGCAGUCUUGGGUACACAGAGCCUGAUGCGCGCGAGUGGCUCAAGACUGUCAAGUUCCCAACAAAGACGGAGGGUGUUGGCUCCGAGGUUGUUCAGAAUACCGUAUCUAUCUUACGAAAGGCGGGGGUUCUAGUUGAGGGCAAAGGUAUGGAGCCGCAAGCUAUGGUCCUCUCAUCAUAA